GCGGUGAGUGAGCGCGUCCAGGGCGCUCCGGGCCGGCUCAGGCGGCCACACUUUUCUUCCCGGAGUUUGCCGAGGCGGGCCCAGCCCCCGGGGUCCCCACUCAAAGCUGCAAAAAUAGCACGUCCCGGCGGCCGACCCUGCGCGCCGUCCGGAGCCCGGUGGCCCCGCAGCGUGUUCCGGUGUUGUCGUCUGAAAGCUGAAGAAGGGAGAAGCUUGUGUCCCCAGCACUGCUGGACCACCUCGCCACAGCUCUGGGACUUUCGGGAUGAGUGGGACAGACUCCGGGUGUGGGUGCAGCUGUGCCGCGGGAUUCUGCCCCUGGGAGCCCUAAGCAGCCAGCUCCCCUGCAGGGUUGGUGCGCCCUGACACUCCCUUCGGCCCCCGGCCCGCAGCCAUGAGCGAGGUCCGCCGGGAUAGCACGAGCAGUCUGCAGCGCAAGAAGCCGCCCUGGCUGAAGCUGGACAUCCCAGCCGCAGCCCCCGCAGAGGAGCCCGGUGUCCUGCAGCCCCUGCGGCGCCAAGCUUUCCUGAGGAGCGUGAGCAUGCCGGCUGAGACCCAUGCCCCCUGCGUGUACCACGAGUCCCGACGGCCUGCGCUGCAGCGCCAAGCCUCCAUCACACAGACCAUCCGCAGGGGCACCGCCGACUGGUUUGGCGUGAGCAAGGACUCCGACAGCACUCAGAAGUGGCAACGCAAGAGCAUCCGUCAUUGCAGCCAGCGCUAUGGGAAGCUGAAACCCCAGGUCAUCCGGGAGCUGGACCUGCCCAGCCAGGACAACGUGUCUCUGGCCAGCACUGAGACCCCUCCUCCGCUCUACGUGGGGCCAUGCCAACUGGGCAUGCAGAGGAUCAUAGAUCCCUUGGCCCGUGGCCGGGCCUUCCGUGUGGCCGAUGACACUGCCGAUGGCCUGAGUGCCCCGCACACCCCCAUCACGCCGGGGGCCGCCUCCCUCUGCUCCUUCUCCAGCUCCCGCUCCGGCUUCAACCGGCUCCCACGGCGGCGCAAGCGUGAGUCGGUGGCCAAGAUGAGCUUCCGGGCGGCUGCAGCCCUGGUGAAGGGCCGCUCUGGGAGGGACAGCACCCUGCGGCGGGCCCAGCGCCGGAGCUUUACGCCAGCCAGCUUCCUGGAGGAGGACACAACCGACUUCCCUGACGAGCUGGACACAUCCUUCUUUGCCCGGGAAGGGGUCCUCCAUGAGGAGCUGUCCACCUAUCCGGACGAGGUGUUUGAGUCCCCAUCGGAGGCAGCGCUGGCUGACUGGGAGAAAGCCGCAGAGCAGGCCGAGCUUACUGGGGGCGCCCUGGGCCGCAGCGAGUUGGAACGCAGCCAUCUGAUGCUGCCCUUGGAACGCGGGUGGCGGAAGCAGAGGGAUGGCGGCCCUGGAACCGCACAACCCAAAGUGCGGCUUCGGCAGGAGGUAGUAAGCCCGCCAGGGCCCAGGCGGGGCCAGCGCAUCGCCGUGCCUGUGCGCAAGCUCUUUGCCAGGGAGAAGCGGCCCUAUGGCCUGGGCAUGGUGGGGCGGCUCACUAACCGCACCUAUCGGAAGCGCAUCGACAGUUACGUCAAGCGGCAGAUUGAGGACAUGGACGACCACAGGCCCUUCUUCACCUACUGGCUCACCUUCGUGCACUCUCUGGUCACCAUCCUCGCCGUGUGCAUCUACGGCAUCGCGCCUGUUGGUUUCUCCCAGCAUGAGACUGUGGACUCGGUGCUGCGGAAUCGGGGCGUCUAUGAGAAUGUGAAGUACGUGCAGCAGGAAAACUUCUGGAUUGGGCCCAGCUCGGAGGCCCUCAUUCACUUGGGUGCCAAGUUCUCGCCCUGCAUGCGCCAGGACCCACAGGUACACAGCUUUAUUCGCGCUGCGCGGGAGCGUGAGAAGCACUCGGCAUGCUGUGUGCGCAAUGACCGCUCGGGCUGCGUGCAGACGUCAGAGGAAGAGUGCUCGUCCACCCUGGCCGUAUGGGUGAAGUGGCCUGUUCAUCCCAGUGCACCUGACCUUGCUGGCCACAAGAGGCUGUUUGGUUCUGUCUGCCACCAGGACCCCAGGGUAUGUGAUGAGCCCUCCUCUGAGGACCCCCAUGAGUGGCCAGAAGAUAUCACCAAAUGGCCGAUCUGUACCAAGAGCAGUGCGGGCAACCACACCAACCACCCCCACAUGGACUGUGUCCUAACAGGCCGGCCCUGCUGCAUCGGCACCAAGGGCAGGUGCGAGAUCACCUCCCGAGAGUACUGUGACUUCAUGAGGGGCUACUUUCACGAGGAGGCUACACUGUGCUCCCAGGUGCACUGCAUGGACGACGUGUGUGGGCUCCUCCCCUUCCUGAACCCCGAGGUGCCCGACCAGUUCUACCGGCUGUGGCUGUCCCUCUUUCUGCACGCUGGGAUCCUGCACUGCCUGGUGUCUGUCUGCUUUCAGAUGACAGUCCUGCGGGACCUAGAGAAGCUGGCGGGCUGGCACCGCAUUGCCAUCAUCUACUUACUGAGUGGCAUUACUGGCAACCUGGCCAGCGCCAUCUUCCUGCCAUAUAGGGCAGAGGUGGGCCCGGCUGGCUCCCAGUUUGGCAUCCUGGCCUGCCUCUUCGUGGAGCUCUUCCAGAGCUGGCAGAUCCUGGCACGGCCCUGGCGGGCCUUCUUCAAGCUUUCGGCCGUGGUGCUCUUCCUCUUCGCCUCCGGGCUGCUGCCCUGGAUCGACAACUUCGCCCACAUCUCAGGCUUCGUCAGCGGCCUCUUCCUCUCCUUCGCCUUCCUGCCUUACAUCAGCUUCGGCAAGUUCGACCUGUACCGCAAGCGCUGCCAGAUCAUCAUCUUCCAGGCUGUGUUCCUGGGGCUCCUGGCCGGCCUGGUAGUUCUCUUCUACGUCUACCCAGUGCGCUGCGAGUGGUGCGAGGCCCUCACCUGCAUCCCCUUCACCGACAAGUUCUGCGAGAAGUAUGAGCUGGACGCACAGCUGCACUGACUGCUGGAACCCGCGGCAGCAUUUCAGCUAGUCCGUGUGGCCAAUAAAUGUACCGGGAGCGUUUUAGCUGCCACCAACUCGACCCCAGCUGUCUCCUUCUGGGUUCCUGGGCAGGACCGUGGAGGCC